AAGCCACUCCAAUUUCUAUCCGUAGAGCUGAAGCAAGGUUAUUUUGAGACCAGAUUAUAACUUGAUACAACACAAAACUAAAAAAUCUGUAGGCUAGUAAAUACCUCUUUCGAUACCACUGGAAGAAGAGCAAGAGUCCUUGAAACAUAAAACAGGAUUUUUUUUUAUCUCACACAGUGCUGGUACAGAAAAAGUCAACCAAUACAGUUGAUUUGAACAAUUAUCAUGUCUGGAGCAGAAAUAUCACAGACACAGGACAUGCCUGAGGUUACAGGAGAUACUGUUCGCCCACUGAUUGAAUCCUUUUUUAAAAGGAUAACACCAGAACAGUGGGAAUCAUUGAAAUCCUGCACCCCCGAUGAUGCCACUAAAAUUAUGGUGGCUGACCUGCUUUUGGACAUAAUAACAUUGUUGUCAAAGAUCUGGUUGGUGAAUCUUAGGAGCAGAAAUGCAGCUGCGUCUGAGGAGUGGCUGGUUUCUGAGGAGCGUGUCACGUCCAGUCUGGGCGACAUACUCUUUCGGAGUUUUGCCGGGGCUCUGAAUGCUGAGGACCAUGUCGAGUGUGUCAGCUCACGGCGCUUGACAGGUUUGGUCGGUAAAGAGAUUGUUCAAAGCGUCAAAUCUGCUCUCUCCACUACUAUGUGCACCACAGAGCCUGUGAUAAUUCAGCACAUCACUCCCCCUCGCAGGCUUAAUGCUAUGGUUGGUCACGUCUGCAAAAUGGUAAAAGCUUUCACAGCCAAGAUAAAAACGUUGUGCUCGGCUCAAACCUGUAUGGCGACAAAGAGUCAUACCAGUCCCACGCAGAAAACAGAACAGAUGCCCUUCCAGGGAGAAGUGACAGAAGGCAUGGAGCCAAAAGACACUGACGACUGCAUCCAAUCACCAGUUACAGCUGUGGAACCAGAAUUCCCUGAGAUCAUCUCAUCAGACAACAGUGUGAUCGAGAUUCCAAUAUUGACGUCUGUCGAAGAUAUAAUCAGGACUGAGUUGAUAACGAUAAUUGAUCCUCUUUUGGAUCAAGUGCCGGACUUCAAGUAUCAGCUGAUACAAUCUGAAUGCUCUCGGGAGAUUGAAGAGGUUGCAGAAGAAAUCGCUCGGUCAAUAACUCAAAUCAAGAGUUUGGACGAGGCAGAAGCUGCAAGUCCACAGUACCAACAGAAGCUCAAGCUGAUUGUAAAAGCAAUAGCGAGCAAGAUCAAGUCCUUUUUCACAAUGCACUUGGCCAAAGCUUGGUAUUAUCGUAUAUUGGAGGAGCUCAAGGCCAAAUUCCUCAAGCAAUCAAACGAUGAAAGCGAGUACUCCAGACAGACUGCCAUAGAGACAUUUGACUCUCUGCUUCAGACUGAGGAUGGUAACAAAUCACAGCAUGGGAAUGUGGUUGAUGUGAUUCAGAAGUUUGAGAAUAUGACCCCUGGAAAAAGCAUGACAUUCACACAGAAAUUUACUGAUCUUCUCUAUAGGGACAUCACACGUGGAAUCGCGCCCAAUUUGAUCCCAGAACCAAUGACAGGGAAGUCAUGCAGUAAUGUAAUUGUUCCUGAUUCACAUGCUGACAUGUACGCUGAAAUUCGAAACAAAGUGUGGAAUUUCAUGGGACUGAUGGGGUGGUGGCUGAAAACUCAGAUCGGCAGCCACGGUGAUAGGGUGGCUAACAAAAUAUUAAAAGAAGAGUCACUGGCAGCACCGCAGCUACCGAAGGUCAGCAUCACAGAGAAGCAUGUGGCAACUGCUCCAGCUCCUAGCUCAGUAUGUGAGGAGACACGUGCCGUUCCUGAACCGGAUGCAACAGCACAGGAAGAACGUAGGAAAGCAUUCAUCCAGAUGUUCAUAGAGAAGCUGGUUUCUCGGAUAUACAGAAAAACCAAAGUGAACUGGUCUAUUGGAAACCCAGAGGACAACGUUUACCAUCUGUUCAAUAGAACAUGGGCAGACGUCAAGGGUGUAGAUUUUGAUACUACCCAAAAAACGGUCAAAAACCUUGACAAGGCCAUUUUCCAGGACUUGUGUAAGAAAUGCGGCUGUGCAGACAAGGUGCUGAUCUCCAUGCGUCUAAAAGAUCCGGCACUGGAAAGAUGUAUUGUCUACCAUGUCAAAGAUUAUCUGAUGACACCACCAAAAAAGCGUAGCACCAUCUGCAGGUUCUUCCUAUCUGUGGGAAAAGCCAUCUCCACUACCUGCAGACGUAGAGAUACGCCGAGAGACAUGCCAGUGUAACGGUAUUUUUUCUACAAAGUUAGGGUUUUCUCCGGGUGCUCCGAGAGUUUCUCCCACAUUCAAUAAAAUGAAGA